AGGGGAGUCAGGGCGGGAAGGGACCGCUCGGCGAGGGCCGGAAAGGGGAAGGAGUAAGAUGUUGCAGAUCACUCAUCUGUUGCUGGUUACAUCAGGACGUGUUGGUGAUGGGUGACUUGAUCAGAUGCUAUUGGAAGAGGCGGCCCCAUUAUGCAGAUAAAUAAAUUUUUCUUGUCUCGUUGACUAAGGUAGGUACCCGAGCUGUUUUGACACACAUUAUCAACCUACUUACAACCAGUCGACCACCUGAAGAUGGCUUCACAAGAUGAGCAAGCUCCAUUCAUCUCCAAAAGCUUUGAUUCGGAAGACGACCUGCAAUAUGUAUCACGGCCAAAACAUCCCAAAACCCAUCUCAUCAUAUCCAUUUUCCAAAUUUUGUUUUUUCUGCUCAACAUCACCCUUUUCAUGACUACCAAGGCAUCCAAUACAGACUGCACAUCCUGUGGUGCGUUGAAUCAGAACGUUUAUCACAGCCCUUAUUCACCUGCACACUCAGCAAUACGGUAUAAGGUCUCCCAAGACAAGUAUGAAGAGGGCCCAAGCCCGUUUUCAGGAGUGCCUCGCCUCGAGCUGGAUGAAGCCUGGUCAAAGUUGCUACGCUCCUCGAUGAUUCGAUUAUCGGCGGACGAAAUGAGAAAGAUGAACAAAACCUCUGUGACGCUCAAAGAUGGAUCUGGAUAUGUUGGAUACCUUGAGGCAAUUCACAUGCUACAUUGUGUGAAACGAAUGCACCAAGCCCAAUAUCCCGAACACUACCCCAAGCUCCAGGCAGACGAUGCCUUUUCGACCCAUCAUUGGGAUCAUUGCCUCGAAGUAUUGCGUAAGGGAAUCAUGUGCAACGCCGAUACCACAAUAAACACGUAUUUGUGGCAAAGGGACUCGCAUGGUAAGUUAAUGAUAAAAGGGAAUAGGACAGGACCAAGAAAAUGCACCGACUGGGACAAACUGCAAGAGUGGGCGGAAGACAGGACAAUAUAUGGGAGUGACAGGGAUCGGUUUCUUGAGAGUCUAGUAAGCCCCUCUGAGCACGGAGGGGGUUUAGGGCCCCUUGAACUUGGUACGUAGCUGCAUAUCUGUCUGUUAUUUUGAGGGGUUUAGGCUUCAAUUCACGCCAUCCGGCAAUUCGUACCCAGCUCUUUCACCAGGAAGCAUAGAAUGCUAC